UAAAGAACAUAAAAGUAUAUGUAUAUAUACCGACGAACAGCAUGGAGUGUCGCACGCACCCAUCCUUCUUCCUCUCUCUCAUCUGUAACUCUAUCUCCUCUCUCUCCCCUUUCUCUCUCUCUCUCACUAGAAUUAACGGAUCGAACUCUUAUACUGCAGCUAGCUAGCCAGCAUGAUCUCCAACAUGCUGUGCUUUAAAUUCGUGGCCUGUGGCCUCUUGGUGCUGCUGUAUUCCCUUGGAUUCAAGUCCUGCAGCAGCAGCAGCAGCCAUGGUCACGGGCCAAGAAGCUACCCGGUGAUUGGCUGCCUGCUGGCCUUCUACGAGAACCGGCGGCGGCUCCUGGACUGGUACACGGAGAUGCUGGCGGCCUCGCCGACGCAGACGAUCGUGGUGGACCGUCUGGGCGCGCGGCGCACAGUGGUGACGGCGAACCCGGCCAACGUGGAGCACAUCCUCAAGGGCAACUUCGGCAACUACCCCAAGGGGAAGCCCUUCACGGACGUGCUGGGCGACCUGCUGGGCAAGGGCAUCUUCAACGUGGACGGCGAGCUGUGGCACGCCCAGCGCAAGCUGGUGAGCCACGAGUUCUCGGCGCGCACGCUCCGGGAGCUGGAGAUGGCCGUCCUCGAGGCCGAGGCGCUCGACCGCCUCCUGCCAGCGCUGGACGCGGCCGCCGACCACCCGGCCGGACCGGGAGGCGCCGCCGUGGUCGACAUGCAGGAUGUCCUCCGGCGCUUCGCGUUCGACGUGAUAUCCCGCGUGUCCCUCGGCGUUGACCCCGGGUGCCUCGACCCGGCAUUGCCUACGGCGCCGAGGCUGGCGUCGGCAUUCGACACGGCCGCGGGGAUCAUCGCCAGGCGCGGCGCGGCGCCCGUGGCCGCCGUGUGGAAGAUCAAGCGCGCGCUGGCGCUCGGGUCCGAGCGGCGGCUAAGGGACGAGGUGAAGGUGAUCCACGAGGCCGUCAUGGACCUCAUCCGGAGCCGGAAGAAGGAGCGGUUCCUGGUCAACGACGACAAUGGCGGGGCGACGAGGAACGACCUGCUGUCGCGGAUGAUCGAGUGCGGGUACGCCGACGAGGAGAUCCGGGACAUGGUAAUCAGCUUCAUCAUGGCCGGCCGCGACACCACCUCCUCCGCGCUCACCUGGUUCUUCUGGCUCCUCACCCGCCACCGCGCCGUCGAGCGCGACGUCCUGGACGAGAUCUCCGCCAUGGCUCUUCAACACGCGGGCGACAGCAGCGAAGGGGGAGAAGGGUUCGAUCUCGAGGACUUCCGGAAGAUGCGGGUGCUCCACGCGGCGCUGAGCGAGACGAUGCGGCUGUACCCGCCGGUGGCGUGGGACUCGAAGCACGCGGCGGCGGGGGACGUGCUGCCGGACGGGACGCGCGUGGGCCGGGGAGACCGGGUCACAUACUUCCAGUACGGCAUGGGCCGGAUGGAGUCCAUCUGGGGCCCCAACGCGGCCCACUUCAGCCUCGACCGGUGGCUGGCCCCCUCAAGUACGUCGUCCUCCGUGGACGCGUCCGGCGGCGUGUCCCCCUUCAGGUACCCGGUGUUCCAGGGCGGGCCGCGGACGUGCCUCGGCAGGGAGAUGGCCUUCGCGCAGAUGAAGUUCGUGGCCUGCGCCGUGCUCCGGCGCUUCGAGCUCCGCCCCGUUGACGAAGGCCGGACGCCCGCCUUCCUCCCGCUGCUCACGGCGCACAUGGACGGAGGGCUCAAGGUAACGGUCAGACGCAGGGUAGAAAAAAAACAACAUUAGCAGCUAGCUCCUGUAAACAAAUAUAUUCUCUUGUUCUUCUUUUUACUGUACAUGCACCUUGAAAUUGUAUCAUAGUACAAUAAUGGUCACAUGAACAGAGAGAGAACUGCUUCAAUUGCCUCGUGAUAAAAAUUAAAUUUCAGUGAUUUU